GGAACAUCACCACUUACAGUUUUAGCACAGACAGCACAACCAGGCACAGAUUGAAGGAAAGACAUCUGAUACGAUGUGCUCGAACUUCCCCUGACCAUUUUUGUUGAUUCAUAUAAAGUGUCCAUUGCGGAAACCUCUGGACCAACUUUGUGAGAGUCGACUUACAAGAUGAAGUUGGAAGGUUUAUUGUGGAUUGCUGCUUCUUCCACAAACCUAGACUUUGAAAAACUACAGGUUCUCAUGUAAAAGAUCUAAGCAAAGCGCGCAAGAAUGUUUGUUUCACUGGCUUUGCUUCUCAGCCUCCAGGCAGUUGUGCACAUUAAACCAGCUAAAGCCAAGCUGCCCUGUACAAUAACAUCUGAUAGGCGUUCAGCAGACUGUAAAGGUCUACGGCUGGACCAUGUGCCUAUAACAAAUCUGCCUGCCUCUCUGGAAGAACUCGACCUGUCUUUCAAUACCAUACAAGUCAUCAGCAAACAAGAUUUUUUCAAACUUAGUCAUCUGCGAGUCCUCAAGCUUAAUUUCAACAACAUCACUCUGAUUGUGGAUGAUGCCUUUCAGGGAAACAUUUUUUUGGAGAAUCUAAACUUAUUUAAUAACUCUCUGACAGAAAUUCCAUUUAAAGCUCUUGAGCCGCUCAAAAAUGUGAAGGUUUUAGAAAUGUCCAAUAAUUUGUACACUCAAGCGUCUCUGGAUGCUUCUUUUUUGAAGUUCACCCAGUUAAAAGUGCUGUCCAUUGGUGGAUCCCUGGUCAGUAGUUUGGGAAGCCGUGAUAUUUAUGUGUUGAAGUAUAUCUCAUUGGACAAGUUUGCUAUUAAAACUGGCACUGGUUUUAAAAGUUAUGAACCUGGGUAUUUCAGCUACCUUAACACAAAAAACUUGUGGCUCGAUAUAGCGUUUGACAAAAACCCAGAUAUACUUCCUAUGAUAUUGAAAGAUCUGGCAAAUAAGACUUUUGAUGUGCUACGUUUCCGAAACCUUUUUGAAUUUCAGUACUAUACUGGUAAACAGGAUAUUUUUUAUGGCUUGCGGUAUGUAAAGACUCAACUCCUAACCUUCUAUCGAGGUAAAUUCAAUGAGGAAGUUAUGAGAAUGGCUCUGGUAAAUGUGGAAAUCAGUUCAAUCAAAGGCCUGGAACUGCUGCUCAUCGACUUUGCUCGUUCACAGAAUAUAACACAGGGAUCCAGUGUGACAAACUUGACCUUGGAAAAGCUUGUGCUCUCGGACAUCAGUAAUCCAGAUAUAAUGCGCUUCGACUGGAGCUUUACCUGGCUAAAUCAUGUCCGCCAAUUCAUUGUAUGGAAUGUGAACUUCAACAGCGUGCCGUGCGAUUCGUGGCAGGAGAUGAAAAGUGUUGAGCUUCUGGACAUCUCUAACAACCAGCUGAGGGACAGUUAUAUUUAUAACCCGCUAUGUGACACUAGAAACACACUACACAAGCUUGAAACAUUCAACGUCAGCCGUAAUCGACUUACCAGCCUCAGUGACUUGGCAUCUCUGACCAAAGACUUUGUCAAGCUGACUACAGUUGAUAUGAGCCACAACCAGCUGCAAUAUAUGGGAAAUCAUGCCUGUUACUGGAGACAGACCAUUACCAAAGUAAUCGCUCAUCAUAAUAGUCUGACGAGCGACAGUUUUAAGUGCCUUCCCACUUCUGUAAGCUUCCUUGAUCUUUCAUACAGCAGCCUAGACCAGCUUGACAUGGACUAUUUUAAUAAGGCAUCCAAUCUGACUGAGCUCCUCCUCAGCAGCAACAAGAUCAAGUUCAUCCCUUCCGGCUGGAGGAAUCAAUACUUGAGGUCGCUCGCUUUAGAUGGAAACUCCUUUGGACUUGUUAGCAUGAGUUCUUUUAAGGACAUGCCUAGCCUAAGUGUCCUGACCGCAGGCAACAACCCUUACCACUGUAUCUGUGAUCUCUAUACCUUCAUACAGGAAACCACAAACAAGGGCAUGGUGACCAUCACAGACUGGCCAAACAACUACAAGUGUUACCAUCCCGAGCAUCUUCUCAACACAAUGGUAUCACAAUACUUCCCUGGUCAUUUAGCCUGUAAUAUUACACUCGUUAUCAUCAUCUCUGUGUCAACAACAGUGGUCGUUGUCCUUGGUCUCAUGCUUCUGUGCUACAUUUUUCACGUGCCAUGGUACAUUAAAGCUACAUACCAAAUCAUCAGAACAAAGUACAGGGCCCAUAAAGAAGGUUCAGGUCAGGCUGUGAACUACACCUUUCAUGCUUUCAUCUCUUACAGCCACGUGGACGCAGACUGGGUUCGAAACCAGCUGCUCCCUUGUUUAGAGAAUUCUAAGCCUCCUUACCGCCUCUGCAUCCAUGAAAGAGACUUCACUCCAGGGAAGUGGAUCAUUGACAACAUCAUUGAAAACAUUGAAGAUAGUCACAAGGUAAUCUUCGUGUUGUCACGGAACUUUGUGAACAGUGAGUGGUGCAACUACGAGCUAUACUUCGCCCAACAACGGGCCAUUGGCAAGACAUUCAGUGAUGUCAUCUUGAUUCUGAAGGAGCCCAUAGAUCCCACUUCUCUUCCCAGUAAAUACUGCAAGCUCAAAAAGAUGCUCAAUACCAAAACCUACCUAGAGUGGCCCCAGCAACCCACAGAACGGAGCUUUUUCUGGGUCCAGCUGAGGAGUGUUCUGGGCAAACCAAACAUAACAAGACAGCGUACGACCAGCCAACAUAGCCGCCUGUCUUCAGUGAGGUCUGUCUCCCUGAUUGAGCUGCCACAGGACCAGAGUUCCGCAGAUACUAAAGGUACAGAUGAAAAUGGGCACCAAAUCAAUGAUCAGCCUUCUAAUAGAUGCCAACAGACUUUAAGAGAACUUGCUUGAAGGACAUAAAUAAUAUAUCAGUGGCAGAGAUGACCAAACAGAACAUGCAUCUUUUAUUUUCCCGACAUUCAAAAUAUGACAUGCAUUAUGGUAACUGAUCUGCAAUGAUGUUCAGCUUAGAAUCGUCUAAACCGGUUUGUCUGACACUCUGACUCAUUGGUUGCGGAAAGACUGGAAAAAGAUCAUUCUGACUCAUAUGUUCAGUCAGUAAGCAAAACAAACAACUAGAGAGAUCUAGACAGUCAUUUACUGACCCAGUAGCCCAUAGCAUACACAACACACAUGCUCACUCUGACAAUCAAUACAGUUCUAUUUACUUUAGUAUGCAAGUAUAUAUACUUAUCUUAAUUAAGGUAGUGAACUGCAAUACUGUUCCCUCACCUUAUGCCAGUAUCUAAUUAUGUCAUGAAAUAAUGUUUUAAUAUAUUUUAAUGAAAAUAUUUAACAUGUAAAACAAAAAUUAUUUUUUAAAUACAGACUAUUUUCAGAUUUUAUACAUCCAUUUUCUUUGCCAGACUUUUAAAUGUCUCUAAUUUUUUUAACACAUAAAUGUAUUUUGUAUCUGUGAAUUUGUGAUUAAAAAUGUGAUACCUUCUUUUU